AAAAAAAGUCGAGUCGCGACCCGAGUUUCCCCUGCCAAGCGGCGAAAAUUCUUUGCCGAAAUUCUUCCAGUUGCUCGCUUGCUUAUCGAUAAGCACUUCGGUUGCCUUGCAAAGUUUGAUUGGUUCCAUACACACGACACCAAAGUCGGAAAAAGGUCCAUGUUGCCAGCGCAAACACAAUUUUGUUGAUUUAGAUGAUCGCCGGCUGAAAGAACGUAUACUUGAUGAGACACUGAAGACUCAAGAGCUUUGUGUUACAACAACUAUAUACCGAGAAAGCUUGAGUUUUAAGAUCAAAUUUGUCUCGAUUUAUUUUCAGCCACCAUACCCAGAGCCUGACUCAAACCAACAUUGCUUACCCCAAGGGGCCGCUAUAAUUCACAAUGCAUCUCAUAAGGGUACCAUGCUCGUCCGCAAACAUCGGCCCAGGAUUCGAUGUCAUCGGUCUCGCCCUAUCAAUGUACCUUGAACUGCGCGUCAGCAUCGACAAGACUCAAAAUUCCGACGCAUCAACUCCAGUCAACUGCACAGUCACCUACUCCGGCGUGGGCGCCGAGGGCAUCGACCUCAACCCAGAGAAUAACCUCCUAACACGAACAGCGCUGUAUGUCCUACGAUGCCACGACCAGCACGAGUUCCCGGCGCAAACGCACGUGCACAUCCACAACCCCAUCCCACUCGGUCGCGGACUGGGCUCUUCAGGCGCCGCCGUCGUCGCGGGUGUCCUGCUAGGAAACGUGGUCGGCAACCUCAAUCUGUCUAAACCCCGCCUUCUGGAUUUCUGCCUCAUGGUCGAACGCCAUCCGGAUAACGUCGCGGCCGCGCUUUACGGCGGCUUCGUCGGCACGUACCUCAAUGAGCUUGACCCCGUCGACAUGGCGAGGAAAGAGGUCCCUUUGUCAGAAGUCUUGCCCCAGCCGGCAGGUGGGGUCGACACGGGACUCACGCCGCCCAUACCGCCCGAGAACAUCGGACACUACCGACGCUUCAACUGGGCCAAAGAAAUCAAGGCGUUGGCCAUCAUCCCUCACUUCGAAGUCAGUACGGCGAAAGCCAGAGAGGUGCUGCCACAGUCUUACACGCGGAAAGAUAUGAUCUUCAACCUUCAAAGAUUAGCUCUUCUAACAACAGUCUUGUCCGACUCGCCUCCAGACCCCGAACUCAUAUACAGUGCAAUGCAGGACAAAAUCCACCAGCCGUAUCGCAAGACAUUGAUCCCUGCUCUUCCAGACAUUUUGUCAUCAAUGUCACCUCGGACGCACAAGGGCUUGUUAGGUAUCUGUCUUUCUGGCGCCGGUCCCACAAUAUUGGCGCUUGCCACGGAGAAUUUUGAUGCUAUUGCGGAAGUCAUUGUGCAAAGGUUCAAAGAUGAAGGCAUCAGUGCUGAGUGGAUGGUGUUGGAGCCUGCUGAGGAUGGCGCUACGAUAACAGAGGUCCUAGGGGAUGUUCCCAGCUAUCGAGACGAGGCCCACAAGGCAUGAACGGCUCUAUGAGGACAGAGAAGGAUGAUCUUGUCUUGAACUGAAAUGGCAUGACGAAGAUUUUCGAAUCCUGAGACUGGCAUGAUUGGCAGAAUAGCAUUGGGAACAGCUAGCGUUGCAUUCUAGCACUAUUGGAACGGUGCUAAUCAUUGCAGAUGUGAUAUUGCUCUCAAUACAUGCUCCAAUGGCGCCGACCUUUGUCCGUGCCAUUUCAACAAGUACUUUUCUAGGACCUCCACCAAUUGCAUCAUCCACAACGCUUCUAAUUCCCCCCAUACCAUUUGUCUCAUCAUAAUCUUGACGUCGUUCGUCGCUGUCUCAAGAACUUGCU